AUGACAGACAGCAAAGCAGGAGCAGCCACUUGCUUUGGGCUCCUAACAAAGAGAAUUCGGAAAAUCUUCCGGCAUUUCCCCAAGUCCAAGCCUUGGUCUGAGGGGCUGCAGCUGCCCAGGAGGCAGAGCAGGGAGGUCUUGCUGCUCAGAGGUGCUGGGAGGGCUCUUCCCACUCCAGGAGGUCUGAAAGAGCCAGGAGGCAGCUGCCCAAAUGUGAAAAUCUGGGGCCACACAGGCAGAAGGGACGUUCUGGUGGCAGAUGCUCAGGUUGGUGACCUCUCUGGAAUUUUGGAUAACGUAAAAGUAAAUUUAAUGCUGUUUGAACGGCAGUUAAAAAUUAAAAGGCUCAGCUGGGCCAUUAAAGCAGAAGGAGGUUGUUUGCUGCAGUCAGACUGCAGAUACACGUGUCACCAGGAGUGCCGCAGCCUCAUCCAGCUGGAUUGCCGCCGGCCGGGGCCGUGCCAGGGCCAGCUGUCCCCAGAGAGCACCCUGCUGCCACCCUGCAGCCAGAAUGUGACACAAACAGUAGAAGAAGAAAAGCCCGAGCCUCCGACCGUCCAGGAGAUCAAACAGAGGAUUGAGAAGUACAACGCCAAGGUCACAAACUGCCUGUUGAUGAAGCUGAACGAGGAUGGGACGUAUACAGGUUUCAUCAAAGUGCACUUGAAGCUGCGCCGGCCCGUGACGGUGCCGGCCGGGAUCCGGCCCCAGUCCAUCUACGAUGCCCUCAAGGAGGUGAACUUGGCUGACAUGACGGACAAGAGAACCUCCUUCUACCUGCCCCUGGACGCCAUCAAGCAGCUCCACAUCAGCAGCACGACCACGGUGAGCGAGGUGAUCCAGGGGCUGCUGAAGAAGUUCAUGGUGGUGGAUAAUCCCCAGAAGUUUGCACUUUUCAAGGAGAUGCGGAAGGACGGGCAAGUGCUCUUCCAGAAGCUCCCUCUCACCGAGUACCCUCUGUACCUCCGGCUGCUGGCAGGCCCUGACACAGAUGUGCUGAGUUUUGUGCUGAAGGAAAACGAAACAGGGGAAGUUGAGUGGGAUGCCUUCUCCAUCCCAGAGCUUCAGAACUUCCUGAUGAUCCUGGACAAAGAAGAAAAGGACAAAAUCCAGCAAGUGCACAGGAAGUACGAGAGGUUUAAACAGAGACUGCAACAGACCUUGAAAGAAGCCAGAGGCAAACCUGGAUAAUCUUCAGGAGGCACCAGGCAUCGGACUAAGCUAGAUACUGUUUUUGAAUGAAAAGACACUUCUCAGGACACCUUAGUCACUCUCCCUCUUCAUCCUUCCAUUAAGGACUUGGCUCCCAGCACCCCUAAAACGAUCCUAUUGCAUUUUCUUCUUCUGAAACCUCUUUAUCCCAGGACCAGAGCCAGUCCAAGAACGGGAAGCCUGUUUUAAAGCAGGUCAACAAACCAAACACAGCUGCUGGUUGGCUUUUCAGCUGCACCAUCCGAUGGAGAGGCUCCGUGGAAAAUCCUCACUGUUAAACCCAACAGGAACAUCUCCUGGCCAAGUGUUUUGAGCAGGGCAACACUUGCUGUUCGUGCUCCUCCCUCAGCUUGGCUCGUUCCUGUUCAGAGGUGCUCCAGCCCACGUGGCCCAGUUCUGGUUUUGCAAGGAGAGCACAGGAAGCAGCAGAGAAAGGGGAGGAGGUUGUUGCACCAAACCACGUGGGUGUUGCAGCUGUAACCAGUGCUGGACGGACUUGUUCAGGGCUAAGGUAGCCAGGGAAGUGCCAAGUUAUGACACCAAGGCAGCUGCAACACCCAAACAGGCUGUUGAUAAGUAUUAUUGAAACUUGGUAACAUUAAUUCCGGGAAAAGUCGUUCGUUUUGGUUCUGUUUGACUUCUACUUUUGCGAAGGUGAAUUAAAGCAAAUACCCCUGAUGCUUAGCUAAGCCAGUAUUUUAUGAGUUUCCUGCUCUGUAGGAAUUGGCACCUAUGUUUUAGGAAAUUCUGUUUGAAAAGUGUAAAGAUGAUGGUUAGGGCAUAGGCUGAUGGCUCAGUAUUGAAUGUUUAGCAAUACAUCUCCAACAGACUAACCCAGGAAAGCUCAAAACCCCUUCACAAAUCAGGCUGCUUUUGAGCUGUGAACAGGUCUGGCACCGAGGGGGAGGAGCUCCAACCAGGGCUGGGGUGUGGAGGUGGCACCAAGAGCGUGUGAGAAAGCCUUAAGACCAGGAGUAAGGGAAUUAUUGACCUUGGAUGCUUUCUGCUCCCCCCCAUCCUGUCCUUCCUCCUUGCACUGCUGUCCAUGACACCCCUGUGCCACUCUGGGUCCUGUUCUCAGCCGGUGCUCACCCAGGGAGGUUCCCAGGUCCUGCUCUCUCCGUGGAGUUAGGAGAGGACAGCAGGUCUCUCUCCCUAUCUCAGGGCUCCCACUGGAUGCACACGCUGAGCAUCCCUCAGAAAACUCCUCGAGCUGGAGCCUCAGCUCCUGCCCUCACUCUGACCAGAGUCCUGACGGUGCUGGUGCCACGGCCGGGCAGGGGAGGCUCCAGGGAUUCCAGUGGGACAGGAUGGGCCCCACGUUUACUCUGUGCUUCCUACCAAGCACGUUGCACACAGCCAGGGCCAGCCCUGCCUCUGUUUACACAGGCCACCACAACGAGGCGGAGGGAAAAGGGAAUGUUAGUGCUGCUGGAUUGGGAUGGAGCACGGGAAAGGGAUUCCUGUUGGCUUGAUGAGCAAAGCGUCCCUUUGAGCUCGUGGGCUGCUCUGAUCCCACCUGCAUCAAGUGGGAGGGGAGGCAACAGGUUAUUGGGUAACGUGGAGGAGUCUAAAAUUUACCUCAGUGCCUUUUUUUUUUUCCCUUAAGUGUGAAAACUUUGCAUUUUGGGCUAAGGAGGAACCUGGAAAGGGCUUCUGUCAAGAGGCCUUGAUGCUCCUGCCCCCCCAGAUACCCAAAGUACUGGUGUGAUGAGGCUGCUUUUGUCUGUAGAGGGACGAGGAACUGUUUUGUUUCUUUCUGGAAGGUGACUGCUUGGGAUUUUGGUUUUUUUUCCAGAUUUGGAGAGCAUGUUUGUUUGUAAACCAUAUGAGAGUAAACUGAGAGUAACUGCAUCUCUUAAAGCCACUUUCUGCAGCUCCUGUUUUGGUCAGUAGUGAGAGGGUUUUGCUCCCAGGGCAGGAAGGGCCUCCAGCUGUACUGUACUCUGCACCUGAUGACCUUUAACAACGUGGUGGCAGCCACAGAGCAGCAAUUUCCACGCUCUGGGGCUGUUUGUCCAGUUACAAGAAGACUUAUUGCUUCACUAUUCACUCGUGAAGCAAUUUAAAUAACAUUUUAUCUAGUGCUUCGAGUCUUGAAAGCACCAUAUAAAUAUUUCUGUUCCAUCCAGGGGGAAAAACACUGUAAAAAAAAACUGCCAUUGGUUCUGAGAAGUAAGAUCCACACGCUUGGAUUUAAAACUGUUUUAAAUCCCUUUUCUUUCUGGCUGAAAGUUGUGCAGAUUUCUUCUUCUUUUUUUUUUUUUUUUUUUUUUUUUUUUUGGUGGUUGUUGUUUUUCUACCAGUUUUGGUGACUCCCUCCCUGGCCCCCAGCAUGUCUUUGACAGUUUGUAGAAGGCAUGGCUUCUUAUGCAAUCACUGUGGAUGCUGCUGAAAACCUCCUGCCAAGAGGAGGGCUCUUUCUUUUGUUUGUUUUUUUUUUUUUCCCAAGAUAAAGGGGCAUUUGAAGAAUUGUUAAGUCUUGAAACUCCAAUUCUCAUAGGUCAGUUGAGCUGUUUUUAGAAGUAUUGGCCCCUUCUUUAAGCAAAAUACUGUUGGCAGUGCCUUUGGUUAGCAAUUGUCUUGCCUAGGUCGUGUGAGUUUAUUUUUCAUGUCUACUGUAAAACAUGUAAAAUACUGUGUAUAGGAUGGAAUAGCAAAGCUUCUAUGGCAAAGUGAAAUGCAUUUUUUGCAAUGCUGUAAUUUAUUUUUACUACUCCCUAGUGAUUCUAUGGCAUUUUUAAAAAAUGUCUCACUUUCAGCUUUUUUUGAAGGUUCUGAAACUACUUGUUCAUAUGCAGACAGUGUAAGAGACAAUGAUAAUAAAACUGUCAGUGAUUAAAGAAA